CGCUUUCAUUCCUUCUCCUCUUCCCAACCCAUUUCAAGUCUUCAAUCCAUCUCACCGUAUAUCUGCAUAUUACGCGACGACAUUGAUAUCCUUCUGAACCACGCGCCGCGAUCACACCACUCACCAAUCACUUUGCGCCAAGAAGUGCUUUAUACCAACCAGCUUCCACUACAAUGGCAGACAAGGAGAUCAAGGAGGGUGAUAACGUCUCGUGGAAGUGGUCCGGAAGCCGCCCAGGUGGCACAGUUGCUGAGGUCAAGGAGGACGGCAAGGCUGAGAUCACGACCAAGAACGACAACGUCGUGUCCAAGAACGCCGAGCCUGAUAACCCAGCGGUUGUCAUUGAGCGCUCUGGAAACAAUGUCGUAAAGAAAGCCUCCGAGCUUGAUGUCGAAGAGGCUGGCGACAAGCACAAGGAGGACAAGGGCGAGGAGAAGACCGUCACGGAAGAGGACACCAAGAAGUCUGAUGAAAAAGAGGAGAAUGGCGACUCUGAACAGAAGGAGAACGGCGACUCUGAGAUGAAAGAGAAUGGCGACUCUGAAAAGAAGGAAAAUGGCGACGCUGAAAUGAAGGAAAAUGGCGACGCUGAAAAGAAGGAGAAUGGUGACUCUGAAAAGAAGGAGAAUGGCGACGCUGAGACUGGCGACAAGCGCAAAGCUGAAGAGACUGCCGAAGAGAUGAAGGACGAGGAGACCGGCGGCGAUGCGAAAAAGCAGAAGAAGGGUGCUGCCAAGAAGGACGACAAGAAAGAUGACGCAAAGGAUGACAAGAAGGACGACGAGAAAGAUGACAAGACUGAUGACAAGAAAGAUGACAAGAAAGCAAAUGGCGAAGAAGCUCCCAAGAAGAAGGGCAGGCCGGCAAAGAACGGCACUGCUGCAACCAAGAAGGAGCCCAAGCCGAAGAAGAAGGCAGCCACUGAAUCUGGCGAGCCUCGCCGAUCUGGCCGCAACGCGUCCAAGUAGUCCAUUGACACGAAGGCAGUACGCCUGUGAGCGGUAGUGAGUCCAAUCUUUGGAUAUGACGGCCAUUUAUUAUGUGUGGAUUUCCUCUUGAUGGGAUGAUCGGCGAAUAACAAGGAAUCCCCAUGAGUCGUGGGAGAGUGGUGGCGGCAGGACUGCGCAGCGAGUCUCCGGAAAAGCUGAUUCUUUCUCGUGUAUAGUAUCGACGCGUAUAUGAAAUGCAAUGAACAUGUCCCAC